AAAAGAAUUGCAGCGGAUAAAAUGCCUUAGUCUCACUCUCACCUCUAUCGCGGCUAUCCACAAUCACCAUUUUCGCCGCCUUGCAUCGCUGCUUCCUCCGCGGAGGAAGAUGGACACAGGUUUCCAGAGUAGUGGCAUGAUGUGGUUCUUCAAAGACAGAGGUUUUGAUGAUAAAAGUAUUCAUGAUAUGUCCAAGAAGUGCAAGCAGCUAAGUGAUGUCGACAGGGAGAGGGCCUCAGAGACUUGGGACUACUUGAAAAGCAUAGGCAUACCAGAGAGGAAACUUCCCGUGGUUAUUGGGAAGUGUCCCAAGAUUCUUACUCUCGACUUGCAUGACAAACUUGUGCCGAUGAUCCAGUGCCUUGCAACAUUGGGGACAAAACCAAAGGAAGUUGCUUCUGCCAUAACAAAAUUCCCACAUAUACUCGGGCACAGUUUGGAAGAGAAGCUCUGCCCCCUUCUUGCAUUUUUUGAAGGUCUUGGUGCUCCUGAAAAGCAACUUGGCAAAAUGAUCCUGUUAAACCCUAGGAUCAUAAGUUACAGCAUUGAAUCCAAACUUUCUCAGAUGGUGGAUUUCCUUGCUGGCCUUGGUUUGUCUAAAGAUGGGAUGAUCGGUAAGGUUCUGGUCAAACACCCGUUUAUCAUGGGUUAUAGUGUUGAGAAACGGCUAAUGCCAACUUGUGAGUAUCUAAGAUCACUAGGUCUAACAGAGUCUCAGCUCCAUAGAGCAGCAAUAAACUUCCCGGAAAUUCUAUGCCGGGAUGUUGACAAAACUCUAAGGCCUAAUGUUAUGUACCUUGAAUCACGCGGGUUCAGUCCAAGCCAGAUAGCGGCAGUGGUAGGCGGGUAUCCUCCGGUUCUGAUCAAGAGCGCAAGUAACUCCUUGGGACCAAGAAUCAAGUUCUUGGAACAGGUAAUGGGAAGGCAAAUCAACGAAGUGGCUGAAUAUCCAGAGUUCUUUAGGCAUGGUUUGAAGGGGAAGUUAGAGUCUAGGCAUAAGCUACUGACACGAAAGGGCAUAGAGUGUAGCUUGAGUGAGAUGUUGGAAUGCAACCACAAGAAAUUUCUUUUGAAAUUCGGCAUGUGAAUUCUGAUAGAUUUGUUUGCGAAUUGUUUUCUUCGUAGGUGGCGUUCUUUCAGAGGUUUGAUUUCUACUGAGAUGAGAGAUGAAUUGGUAGGAAUAGGCGCAUAAAGCUUUGAGUUUGAGGAUUUAUGAGUUGAUUCAGGUUAUGCUGAUAGGCAUGUGCUGCUACCAGUCUCUCUCUUUUUUUUUUAAAUCCUUUUUGAGGGUUACUACUAGUUGAAAUUCCCAUUUAAUGUAGAUGCGAAUUCUCAGUCGUUCUGUAAUUUGUGAUUAUAUGUAUACUUUUGCUGAUCAUCUUUUACGGGGACAGAAUUUGAAGUU